AUGGCGUGGCAACCGCAAGAGGCUCCCAUCCGGGAGUUGGCGGGGUACCUGAAGGACAGCUUGGGUUCCGAUAGGGCCACCCAGCAGCGUGCUACUCAGAUGCUGCAGCAGGCGAGCCAGCAGUCUCCCGAUAUCAACAAUUAUCUAUGCUAUAUCCUCGUACACCCCGAACCGAUCCCCGUGCCCGGCAUGGAUGCCAGAGAAUACCAUGUUGUCCGCUGCUCGGCCGCCAUGUUGAUGAAGAACAACAUCACCUUAAUACCUAAUUCGCUUUCGGCACAAACGCUUGCCUACAUCAAGUCGGAACUUCUUCAGGGCCUUCGCGACGAGAAUGGUGGCAUUAGAAGCUUUACCGGAAACGUCAUAACCGAGCUGCUACGGAAGGGUGGAAUCAUGGCGUGGUCGGAUGUGCUGGCCCAGUUGAUCACCAUGACAGAAGGCAAAGAUCCCAGCGGAGCAGAUUUACCGGUUGCUGUGCAGGAAGGCGCUAUGAGCGCUCUCAAGAAGGUCUGUCAGGACAGCAAGAAGGCUCUGGAGAAGGAUCCCCAGCGUCCACUUGCGUUCAUGAUCCCCAAAUUCCUGCAGUUUACCCACCAUCCGUCCUCCGCGGUCCAGGCCGACUCCCUCGAGGUCAUCAACAUAUUCCUCCCGAUGCGGUCGCAGGCGGUACUCGCCAACAUCGACACGCUGGUCGAGAGUCUCUUCCGCCUCGGAAACAAUCCCCACCCUGCGUUGCGUCGGGAGGUGUGCCGCGCGCUGGUGCACCUGGUCGACAUCCGCCCCGACAAAAUCGCACCGGUCAUGAGCGGAGUUGUCGAUUACCUGGUUCAGCAGCAGAAUGACACCGACGUGGACGUGGCUUUGGACGCCGCCGAGUUCUGGUUGACGGUUGGAGAGCACGAUCAGUUGAGGAUGCAUCUGGGACCAUUCCUGCCCAAGAUCGUUCCCAUCCUGCUGAAGUCGAUGAUCUAUGCGGAGGAGGAGAUCUUCAGACUUGGCGGCGAAGGCGACGAUGCCGACGAGGAGGACAAGGCGGAAGAUAUCAAGCCCAAGUUCGCCAAGUCACGGCAGCGCCUACCGAACGGCGAGAGUGUAGAAGUAGAAGAGCGGCCACGCAACGGCGAUGGGGACUUGAGCGAUGGCGAAGUCGAUGAGUACGAUUCCGAGUUUGAAGAUUUGCUCGGGAUGGAGGAUCCUGAGGACCGGUGGAACCUGAGGAAAUGCUCGGCGGCGGCAUUGGACGUACUGGCGACUGUUUUCCACCAGCCCGUCCUGGAGGUCAUCCUACCGUACCUGAAAGAAAACAUCCGCCAUCCAGAAUGGCCUUACCGAGAAGCGGCCGUCCUGGCUCUGGGUGCGGUGGCCGAUGGAUGUCUCGACGGUGUGGCGUUCCAUCUUCCCGAUCUGAUCCCUUACCUGAUCUCCCUGUUGAACGACGAUGAGCCGCUUGUGCGUCAGAUCACAUGUUGGACGCUCGGCCGAUACUCACGAUGGGCUGCCACCGAUCCAGACCCCAGCAACCACGACACGCAGCACCUGCAAAAGUACUUUGAGCCGAUGAUGGAGGGUAUCCUGCUCAAGAUGCUCGAUGGGAACAAGCGUGUGCAGGAGGCUGCAGCAUCUGCCUUUGCCAACCUCGAGGAGCAGAGCAAGGGUGUUCUGGAGCCAUACAUCAAGGUUAUCGUCCAGCAGUUUGUCACGGCCAUGCGGCAGUACAAGGAUCGGAACAUGUUCAUCCUGUACGACUGCGUACAGACUCUCGCGGAACACGUCAGCGAGGCUCUCGCACAGGAUGAACUGGUGGCGAUCCUCAUGCCUGCUCUGAUCGAGAGGUGGAAGAAGGUCAAGGAUGACUCGAGAGAGUUGUUCCCCUUGCUGGAGUGCCUUUCCUACGUGUCGACUGCUCUGGGACAAAAAUUUCAACCUUUCGCUACACCUAUCUUUCACCGAUGCAUCAGUAUCAUCCAUCAGAACCUGGAGAAACAGGCUGCAUUUGUUCACAACCCAUCUCUAGACGAACCCGAGAAGGAUUUCCUUGUUACCAGUCUCGACCUGUUGAGUGCUGUCAUCCAGGCUCUGGAUAGCCAGAGCUCGCAAUUGGUGGCGGGUGCCAUCCCAAACUUCUUCGAACUUCUGACACAUUGCAUGGCUGAUACAAACAACGAUGUCCGACAGUCUUCCUACGCACUUCUGGGUGAUUGCGCGAUCUACGUAUUCGCGCAGCUGCAACCUUAUCUCCCCAACGUGAUGGAGCUGUUGAUUCAGCAGUUGGACAUCGAGAAUCUGAGCGAGUUCGACGAAGACAAUGCGUUUAGCGUUAUCAACAAUGCAUGCUGGAGUUGUGGAGAAAUCGCGCUACAACAGGUAGUCGGUAUGACACCUUACGUCGAACGGCUCUACAUCAGUCUCCUUACUAUCAUUCAAUCUACCAAAGUUCCUUCAUCGGUUACGGAGAAUGCAGCAGUGGCACUCGGACGACUCGGCCUGGCCUCUUGCGAUGAGCUCGCUCCACACCUGGACACGUUUGCGUACCCCUUCCUAGACGCACUGGCAAAGGUGGCAGAGACAGACGAGAAGGACACGGCGCUCAAGGGGUUCUGCAUGGUUGUCGGCAGAAACCCGGAGGCGAUGGAGAGCUGUCUGGUGCCUUUCUUCAGGGCGAUCGCCCGCUACAAGGAUCCGAGUCCGGAGCUCAAGGAGUUGUUCAGACAGACUGUCGCCGGUUACCGUUCGUUCAUUGCCGAUUUCGACGCAUUUUUGACUCAGAUUCCACAAGGCGAUCGAAUCGCUAUCCAGGCGGAAUAUGUCAACUAG